AUGGAAAGAGGGUUUUUGUCAGAUAUUGUAGUUGAGAAUUGUCUGAUAGACAUGUAUAUAAAAUGUGGAAGAAUGGAUAAGGCAAGGGAACUGUUUGACAAAAUGACUUUAAGAUAUGCCAUCUCAUGGACUGCAAUCAUUGCAGGAUACAAACAAAAUGGAUGUGUUGGCAAAGAUUUAGAAAUUUUUAAUCAAAUGCAAUUGGCAGGGUAUGGACAUCCAUCAAAGCAUAAGGGAAGGGGGAUUUUUUUAUCAGACGUUACAGUUGCGACUGCCUUGGUAGACAUAUAUGCAAAAUGUGGAAGCAUAGAUAAGGUAUGUGAAUUCUUUGACAGAAUGCCUAAAAGAGAUGUCGUCUCAUGGAAUGCAAUGAUUGCAGAAUAUGCACAACAUGGAUUUUUUGAUAAGGCUUUCGAAACUUUUAAGCAAGUGCAAUUGGCAGAUAUAAAACCAAACUCCAAAAUCUUUGCCGGCAUCCUCCCUGCCUGGGCGAAAACUGGAGCUUUGGACCAGGGUAUGGAUAUCCAUAACAGCAUAAUGGAAGGGGGAUUUUGGUUAGAUAUUAUGGUUGGAAACGCUCCGGUAGACAUGAUAUAA